CACAACACCAGUUGUCGGCAGUUGGAAUGUCGGUAGAGAAAGGUUAAUCAGCUGAUUCUGAACGCUCAAAUGAAACCAAAAUAAAACGGAUUUAUUUGUCAGAAGAUGUUUGUCUCGUCCUGAGAUCUGUUAGAUUUAGUCUGGUAUGUGCUGACAUGCUGUAUUCAGCUCGACAUCAUGGACAAGAUUCUGGAAGGCCUGAUCAGCUCAGAUCACUCUGUUCCAGUGAAGAGGGCCAUUGUGAAGAAGGUAGUUGAAGCAGCAGAGAACGAGGUGACUGAGGCGCAGUGUCAAGCCCUGUUUACGCUCACCACCCGCCUCAUCUUGCUCGGCGACGAUACUUUCCAGAAGCAGAUUGGCCUGCAGGUUCUUGAGGCCUAUGCACGCUACCACCGGCCAGAGUUUGAGCUCUUCUUUAGUAAAGACUUUGUGCUCAGUUUGCUCCAGCAGGGCUAUGGGGAACUGGAGCACAGAGACCCAGCCAUAAUAGACUACAUGCACUGUUGCCUGCGGCUGCUCAUCAGCUGCCCCUCUGUACUGGAGACCUUCAGUGUGAUCCAGGUGGAGGUUUUGAGGAUGGUUUGUGAACGUCCUGAGCCGGCUCUCUGUGCCCGACUCAGCACUUUGUUGUCAGACUUUAUGCAGUGCAUCCCAAGGGAUAAGUCAGGCGUUUUGUUCUGCCAGCAACUGGUGAGGACCAUCAGCUGCUUUCAGUGCUUUGCCAGCGAAGAGCGGGAACUGAGAGAGUAUGUGGGCCAGGUGACAAAGGUUAGCACACUGCUACAGAACAUCUGGAAGGCUGAGCCAGCCACCCUGUUGCCCUCACUGCAGGAAGUCUUCGCUAUUAUCUCCUCUACAGACCCAUCCUUUGACCCAUCUAUUGCACUGGCUAGUCUGGUCCAACAUAUACCCGUACAGAUGAUCACGGUGCUCAUCAAGAGUCUCACCACAGACCAGAAUGUCAGAGAUGCAAGUAUGACCAAAGCUCUCUGCAGAAUGAUCGACUGGUUGUCUUGGCCUCUGGCCCAACAUGUGGAUACCUGGGUCAUCGCUCUGCUGAAAGGACUGGCUGCAGUUCAGAAGUUCACUAUCCUCAUAGAUGUCACUCUGCUGAAAAUUGAACUGGUAUUCAGCCGCCUGUGGUAUCCUAUUGUGCGGCAGGGGGCGCUAGCCGUGCUUUCCCAUAUGCUGUUGAGCUUCCAGCACUCUCCCGAGGCCUUCCAUUUGGUUGUUCCACAUGUAGUGCCUCUAGUUCAGUCUCUAAACACAGACGGUCUCCCCACCAGUCAAGCAUUCCUGCUGCAAUUCAUUGAGCUUAUACACUGCAUGAUGUAUCAGUACUCUGGCUUCCCCGACCUCUAUGACCACAUAUUGGAAGCCAUAAAGGAUCUUCCAAAACCUUCAGAAGAAAAGAUCAAGUUGGUGUUAAAUCAAAGUGCCUGGACAUCCCAGUCUAAUUCAUUUGCUUCUGGUUUAUUGAGGCCAGCUGGGAAGUCUGAGACUGGAAGGACAGGCCUGAUCAACCUGGGGAACACCUGCUACAUGAACAGCAUCAUCCAGACCCUGUUCAUGGCAACAGAUUUCAGGAGGCAUGUUUUAUCAUUGCAUCUAAAUGGCUCCAACACGCUUAUGAAGAAGCUUCAGCUCCUUUUUGCCUUCCUGGCACACACACAGAGGGCAGCAUACGCUCCCAGAAACUUCCUGGAAGCAUCUCGUCCUCCCUGGUUUAAUAUGGGCUCCCAGCAGGACUGUUCAGAGUAUCUCAGAUUUCUUUUAGAAAGGUUAAGCGAAGAGGAGAAAACACUUCAUGUCCUGCAAUCAGCCAAGCCAAACGUUGCCCCCCUGGUUGAUGCCAUUAGGACCGGCCCAACAAGUCCAACGUCUUCCGAGGACCACAAGGACUCUCGUUUGGUUGAAGCAGAGAGUCAAUGUGCAAACGAUGGAAGGACUUUGAUAGAACGGAUGUUUGGUGGAAAGCUGAUCACAGGCAUUCGCUGUAUGCAGUGUAACUGCAUCUCUGAGAAAGAAGAGCCUUUUACAGACUUAUCUUUGGCCUUUUGUCCAUCUGCUUCCUCUCAGGGCAGUCCUAAAGCAGACAGACCUUCAGAGGAGGCCAGGGUGCUCUGUCAGGGAAGUGUCAAUGGUGGCAGCGAAGCUCCUGAAUCAGGCUUGGGCAGCAGUCUAGCUACUAAUAUUCAAUAUGAGCCAGUAACAAAUGAGCCGCCGCUGUCUGUACCUGACCUGGUGAACUAUUUUCUGGCUCCUGAGAUCCUCGAUGAAGACAAUGCUUACUUUUGUGAGAAGUGCAUUUCCCUCCAACGAGCUGAGAGGACCAUGAAAGUGGUUUCUGCACCCGAGUACCUCAUUCUCACAUUGCUCCGAUUCUCUUACGAUGCCAAAAGCCAUAUCCGUAAGAAGAUUCUAGAUAAUGUUGUCAUCCCACCAGCUCUGAGACUUCCUGUUCAUGCCUCUUCACUUCCUGUACAGUGGUCCUCUGCAACUUCAUCACCUUUGCAAGUUGAUUCUCCUGAAAGCAGCGAGAACCUGGCUAAGAAACUCAAACCAUCACAAGGAGAAGAAGAAGAAGAAGAGACGAAGUUGAUGAUAGAUGAAGCACAGAAGAUGAACAGAGGAAGAGAGACUUCAGUCCAGUCAGUGCCCUAUAUGCUCAGUUCUGUAGUGGUUCAUUCUGGUAUAUCAUCAGAGAGCGGUCACUACUACUCUUAUGGCCGAAACAUCAACGGAGCAGAUGGGACGCAGCAUCCAGCGGGCCUCUCUUCCAUCAAAGAGGAUUCAGUGAAUAACCAGGGUGCUUGUAGCCUCUGUACAUCUGAACAAGGUGACACGUUCCCUAAUAGUGGCCUGGAGGCAAGGGACUGGCUCCUGUUUAAUGACAGCAGAGUGACAUUCACUUCCUUACAGUCGGUACAAAACAUUACGAAUCGGUUUCCCAAAGACACAGCUUAUGUGCUCAUGUACAGGAAACAGGAGCUUCCAGGAUCGAAUGGAAAUGAGGGACAAAUGGCAAAUGGAAUGAGACUGAGUGCUGAACCUCCCCUUCAAAAAGAGCUGCUGGAUGCUAUUAUCAAAGACAACAAGCUGUAUUUACAGGAACAGGAGCUCAGUGCUCGGACCCAAGCUCUGCAGGCCUCUUCUUCCUCAUGCUCAUUCAGGCCAAACGGUUCAGAUGACAACAACCCACCAGGGAGCUGUGGCCCAUCUGGAGGAGGAGGAGGAGGAGGAGGAGGAGGCUUCAACACCAUUAGCAGACUGGUCUUCUGAAAUGAAAUAAAAUGCCACGGGAGACCCACAUAAACUGGGGUUGACUGAUGAUGUGAGAGGCCGAACAGCCAUCCUGUGUACAGAGAUGAAGAGCACUGAUAUAAUUUAAGAGCACUCACACACACUGGUUAUCUGGAAACCGGCUCUGAUCCUUGGUUUUUUUACAUCCUGUGGGUUUGAUUAAAUGUUUUUUUGCUUUUCAUCAUCUAACGUUUUAUAUCUUUUCUCAUUCGCAAAACCAUAUUUUUUUUUUUUCAAAAGGCUGUAUAAUAAUUUUUUAUUGAGUUAAAAUCAGCUCUUUACAUUCAGUAUAAAAAGACACUGACCUUUUAUUCUCACUAGCAUGAGUAAAUUGAGUAGAAUACUUUUUCUUUUGUUCAGAUGUUUACCUACAGUUUUUCAGUAUUUGGUUUUGGCUACAACUAACAGUUAUUUUGCUAUUACUAUUCUUUCAAUUAACUGAUUAAUAAUUGGAUAGCAAAAGGUGCUUAAAUGGAGAUAUUUGUACAUCAUUUGAACCAGGUGAAGCUAAACCUGUGCCACUUCAGAAGUAAUUGAUAGCAUAUUUACAGACAAAGAAUCUUUUUUAUCUUAAAUGCAAAAUGUAUAUGUUUAUUGUACAGUUUUGGCUUAAGAAUUGCUCUGAGUGGGUUGUUCUAUCAGGAGAUAGCUUGUUUGGGAGUCUGUAUACUCCAGUUCGCAAUUAUAUAAUUACUGAAUUGGUUGACAAUUAUUUCAAUAAUUGAUUAAUCAGGAUUAAUCUGAUUAAUUGUUUCAGCCCAUGGUUGAAUUGCUUUUUUUAGACUGUAUAACUUGGGUCAAAUAUUUUGUUUGCCCUUCUUCAAGCUCGCUGGAAUUUUGGCCCAUUCUUCUUCACAAAAGUCCUGUAACUGAGUCAGUUUGGUAAAUCACACGAAACGGUUCCUGUUUUAGGCUGAGUUUGUUUUUAGGUUGCUCUGCUCCAACCCGUGUUUCCAGCUCUGACAUAUUUUUUAUUGGACUAAGAUCAGAGCUUGGUGAUGGCAGCUCCCAAUCAUUGAGCCUUUGUCCUUAAGCCACUUUGUGACUAAUUAGACCCAUUUGCCUCCAAGCUUUAACUUCCUGGCACCAGUCCCUCCUGCAGCAAAACACCCACAGAACAUGAUGCUGCCACCACUGUGCUUUACAUUUGACAUGGUAUUUUCAUGCGUUCCUGCUGUUUUCCUCCCAAGUGUCAUGAUGGUCAUUAUGGUCAACACUUUUCUGGGUUUCUGGGUUUUUAGUUUCAUCACACUACAGGAUGUGUUUUCCAAAUUUCAUGUCCUUGUCCCUGAGUCCAUUUGUAGACUUUAUUCUGGCUUUUUAUUUUAUUUUAGAGUAACGGCUUCUUCUGCUCUGAAUGGCUGUCCAGUCCAUGUCAGUACAGGACUCAUUUCACUGAGGGGGAAGACACUGUCUUACCAGCUUCAGGCAGCAUCUUCACAAGGUCUUUUGCUUUUGUUCUGGGGCUGAUUGCACAUAUUGUACCAAAACAGUUUCAUCUUUGGGAAACAGGCUCCAUCUCCAUCCUGAACAAUGAUACCUGGAGAUUACCGUGGUUUUAUUAAUUGUUUCUAAAAGUUUGAACAGAGGAACAUGGCACCUACAGGCAUCUCGAAAUGUUACCCAAUAAUGAACCAGACUUAUGGAGGACCACAAUUCUAUUUAAAGGCAUAAUAAUCUUAAUGGCUGUAAAGUUCUGAUUUUGAAGAAAAUAAUAAAAUUCCAUACAAAUGUAUUCAUUUUGUUAAUGCUAACAGAUAUAUUGUUUCGCCUGAUUUAAUGUUAGUGAGAUAAAAGGUUAUGAGUCUUUUUAUACAGUCUUUGUAAAUGACCUGUUGGAACCAUAUAUCCUCCAUGAAUUGUAGAAAUAUAGCUAAAUUACCUGUAUAGUUCAAAUUUAAAAGGUUUUUUUAAAGCACAUUUUUUUCUUUUAAAUAAGUAAACUCUGUUUUGUUUGGAGUGCCUGAUUGGCUGAUCAGAGUGUUUCUCAUAUUUCUUCACACUCACAACCAUGAUCAAUCAUGUUUGUGCAGUUCAAACUAUAGAUAAAAGAUCUGAUCUGUAAGGAAGUGUUUUUAUUAUCCUGUAUUUCUGAACACAGUCUUGAGAUUUUGCUUACUUUGAUUUGAAUACAGUUUUUGAUCAGAAGCUGUAAACCUUUUCUCAGAAUGGACAUUUUUUCAGAAAAUGUUAAUCUCUUCAGUGUGUGCUGUUUGUUGUUUUAAAGGUUUAAUCAAUAAAAAAUGCAUAUAUGAAUGAA